CAUCCUCAUUCCUCACCACCCAUUUCUUCAUAUAUAUCAUGUCUCAGGCUGAUGCUGAAAAAGCAAGACCACUCCCCAAAACCAUGGCACUGCCAGAUAGAAUGAAGGGUCAGACCCUCCUCUUAGUUCUUUGCUUUCUCAGCUUCACCGCCUCAACAACCGACGCCGUCAGGCUUUACCACUUUUGCACAACCACGACUCCUUACGCUCCAAACAGUGCCUUCAGAUCCAACCUCAACACCCUCUUGACCGCUCUCUCCGCCGCCGCUAACACCACCGUAGCCGGCUUCUACAACUCCACCGCAGGCAACAGCUCCUCCGACAAAGUCUACGGCCUCUACCUCUGCCGCGGCGAUGCCUCUGCCAAAGCCUGUCGAGACUGCGUGGCCAAUACUACCCAAGAUUUAGUCAAAUCCUGCCCAACACAGAGAGAAGCCAUCGUUUGGUACGACGAUUGCAUGCUCCAGUACUCGAACCAGUCGGUCUUCUCCAAUCCGUCGGACGCUUCCUUCGCGAAUGCGAAGGACAUUGACUCUUCGAUCAAAACCGAGUUCAACCAGGUCGUGCUACAAACCCUGGCUGCCGUAGCCAACCAGGCCGCAAGAAAUCAAUCGGGCAUGAAGUUCGCAACUAAAGAAGCCAACUUUAGUGGGAAUCGGCCGCUAUAUACGCUUGCUCAGUGCACCCCGGAUUUGCCGAUUUCUGCGUGCAACUCAUGCCUCGCCGACGCCAUCUCGACAAUCUCGAGUUGCUGCCUGGGCAAGCAAGGUUCUAGAGAUCUUAGGUCCAGUUGCAACAUCAGGUAUGAGAUUUACCCGUUCUACUACCUCAACGCCACAGCUUCGGCGCCGCCUCCAGCUCCACCGCCAGCUCCACAGCCGAACAAUUCAGGAAAAGGGGGGAUCUCAUCACGGGCACUCAUUGCCAUCAUUGUUCCUAUAGCAGUCAUCUUAGCCUUGCUUUUCAUAGUAGGCCUCUGCUUCAUAAGAAGGAAAGCGAAAAAGAAAUAUAAAGCUGUCGAAGAAACCUGUGAUGAACACGAGAUCAGUGAAGUGCAGUCCUUGCAGUAUAGCCUGGCCUCAAUUCAAGAAGCCACAAACAACUUUUCCGAUGACAACAAAGUUGGUGAAGGUGGAUUUGGUGCUGUCUACAAAGGAAUACUUCCAGACAUGCAAGAGGUAGCAGUGAAGAGGCUGUCUCGAAACUCUGGGCAAGGUGCAGUGGAGUUCAAGAAUGAGGUUGUCUUGGUGGCCAAGCUUCAACACAGACAUCUAGUGAGGCUACUCGGAUUCUGCUUGGAAGGAGAAGAAAAGAUACUCAUUUAUGAGUUCGUGCCCAAUAAAAGCCUCGACUACUUUCUCUUCGAUCCAGAAAAGCAAGAAAAAUUGGAUUGGUCGAGGCGUUACAAGAUUAUAGGAGGGAUAGCCAGGGGGAUUCUUUAUCUUCAUGAAGAUUCUCGGCUUCGAAUAAUCCAUCGUGAUCUCAAAGCAAGCAAUAUUCUGUUGGAUGGGGAUAUGAAUGCAAAAAUUUCAGAUUUUGGCAUGGCAAGGAUCUUUGGCGUUGAUCAAACUCAUGGAAAUACGAGUAGGGUUGUUGGGACGUAUGGUUAUAUGUCUCCAGAGUAUGCAAUGCACGGGCAAUUUUCUGUGAAGACAGACGUGUAUAGUUUUGGGGUAUUAAUUUUAGAGAUCAUAAGCAGCAAGAAGAACAGCAACUUUUACGAAUCAGGCUAUGCAGAAGACCUUUUGAGCUAUGCUUGGAAGCUCUGGCGAGAUGAAUCCCCUCUAAAGUUGGUGGAUCCAAUUCUCGAAGGAUCUUAUUCAGUAAAUGAAGUCCUUAGAUGCAUCCACAUCGCCUUGUUGUGCGUCCAGGAGGAUCCACAAGCCAGGCCUUCAAUGGCAACGGUAAUUCUGAUGCUAAACAGCUACUCAAUUGGGCUUCCAGUUCCUGAAAAGCCUGCAUUUUUUGCGGGUAGCAGAACAGGGUCCCAAAUACCUUAUGUGGAGACAGACCAAUCCACCACAAGCAUGUCAAUGCCAUGGUCUGUGAAUGAAACAUCAAUAACCGAGCUGCAUCCCAGAUGAUCGAUCUUGAGAAGUCUAUGCCGCCACAUCCAGGUUGAGAAACAGCUCGUUAUGUUCUGAUGAAUAAAUUCAUGCUCUCGGGUGUGAAGCAUAUGUUUUAGUACUUGAAAGACUCAAAAGUAUGAACUGUAUUUCUCCUUAUCCGGUUGGUUUUGCAACAUCAAUGUGACUUAAAUAUGUAAAUGCUUUAAGAAUUCACCGACC